AUGAAUCCCAAGACCAGAAACGACUUCCUACAGUGUAAGUCACUAAGAAAACAAGCAGAAAAACUCACUGAAUGUGUUCAUGAUCUUCCUGUAGAAGAGGAACAGGAUCUGAACACAGUGAAUGAAAACCUCUGUCUGUUUGAGAGAAACAGAGUGAUUUCUCGCACUGACACAGAGCAGCCGUAUCUUGAUCAUCCAGACAGAUUUGAUGUGUGGCGUCAGGUGUUGUGUAGAGAGAGUGUGUGUGGACGCUGUUACUGGGAGAUUGAGUGCAGUUGGAGUGUGUAUAUAUCAGUGUCAUAUAAGAGCAUCAGCAGGAAGGGAUCGGGUAUUGAGUGUGCGUUUGGAUAUAAUGAUCAGUCCUGGAGUUUGAGCUGCUCUUCCUCCAGUUCCUCAUUCUGGCACAAUAACAUACACACUGUACUCCCUGUAAAGUCCUUCAGUGGUAGAAUAGGAGUGUAUGUGGAUCACAGUGCAGGAACUCUGUCCUUCUACAGCGUCUCUGACACAAUGAGCCUCAUCCACACAGUCCAGACCACAUUCACUCAGCCGCUUUAUCCUGGGUUUUGGGUUGGUUCAGGAUCAUCAGUGAAACUGUGUUGAUGUUUCAGAACAGAUUGUAGAGAGAUUUUACCCAUAAUAAUUUGAGCUGCACUGUAAAUCAGUAACAGUGAGAUGUUACGGAGUCUCUAUUUUCUCUUCAUUACAUUAAUACAGCUGAAGUUCGUACAGUAUAAAAACCAUUACGCCUAUGGAAUGUCCUCACUAAGAUAGCAAAACAAACAGUGAUGAUGUGUAUUUGUCUUUUUCUCAAGCUCUUCUUGUCUUGAUGGAAAUCACAUUAAUUUAGUUUAUUCAUUUUUAUUAUUACUAUCAAAAGUACCUUUCAGUUAAAUGAUCAAACACAGGGUUCGUUACAAAAUGAAUAGAUGAAUAAUGAAAUAACAAACAGUCAUGAAUAUUGUAGAGUAAAGAUGUGGAAAAUGACAUUAGUAGAGGAGAAAAUAGUGUUGGGGGACAAAUCACAGUUAACAUGAACUCUUAAGAAGAAAUGAAUGACUUUCUUGACUCAUUGUUUAAUGUUGUUGAUGUAAAAUAGUUCUUUCUGGAUAUGGAGAAAUUUAUAGUAUCAGUGUUGUUGUUGACAAAAAAAAAAAAAAAACUACAGCAGCUCUGAAGUUCUGGAUAAAAAUAACAGAUUCCAGCUGAAAAAGAUGCUAAUAAAAUUAAGGAAAAUUAAAGUGCAAGCUUCAUGAAAAUAGUAAUUUUUCUUUCAUUUCAUAUCAUUAUUUUAUGUCUCCUUACUGGUAGCCUAUAUGGUGUGUUUAGAGUCGGAUCUUCAUGAGAACAUGGUUAAACCUGUGUAAAAUGAGGGCGUUUUGUGUAGUUUUGCAGAAAUCAUUACGAAAACUGGAAUAUAUCUGAAAACUGGUGAAAUAAACGUUUUGAGAAUGUUUCUUUGUUUUGAGAACUGAAUGAAUGAUUCGGGAAAUCAUACUGAAUCAGUCAUAAUGUGUUAAUUAGCAAUCGAGAAAAACUAACCCAUAAAACAUGACACAGUAAUAAUACAUCAGUGGGAUAUUUAGUUCAUAUAUUUUACUAAAACAAACACCCUAAUAAAAAUGCAGCGCAGGCUGCAGUGCACAUUUUUGAGUGAUGGUGAGAAAAAAAUCUGAGAUUUCAAACUAUACAUAAACAUGGGCCUAUGCUAUACAUAAUUUUAAUGAAGAAUCAUUAGUAGUUCAUAUUAGCGAAUAGGCUCUGGGGUGCGUUUCCCAAAGCGAACUAUGGUCGCAAGUUCCGUCGUUACCAAUAGAGUUCAAUGGGACUUACGACCAUAGUUGGCUAACGAUGCUUUCGGGAAACUCGCCCCUGGUCUGCUAAAUUAAAAGAUUAAAACACGUAUUUUGGCCCUGUUCGCGCAUGCGCUUCUCGCUCAGCUUGUUCGGCUGCCCCGGAAAUAAUUGGUUGGCAUUAGCAACGUUUCGGCCGAGCCAGGCCUGAAUACAGAUAGAGCAGAAGAAAGAGAAACAAACAGACAG